AUGUUCAAGAUGCAUGUAUCGUCGCCCACGGCAAGCCGCUUCGUCGUUCUUAGGGAUCCGUAUGAUCCCGAUUAUUGCAGGAGAGGAAGAUGGACACGGUUUUUCGAGUGUCAGAUUCGGCGGAGGUGGAGGAAGAGGACCUCAAGCUUCUGUUUUUGUCGUUGCUACGAAAAGGAUAGACGACUGAGAUCGGUGGGAGCAGUGAUCAAAGAUAUACAAUUGUCUAAAAUUCUAAUAGCUGUGUACCAGGGAUCUGCUUUUCUUUGGAAACAUCAAAGUUCGAGACUGUUUGUACGGAAUCGACUACAAAGAUGGGAAAGAGCUAAAUUCAAACCGUGUUCACAUGGAUACUUAGGAGGAUUCAGCAGCUGCACAUAA